UAUUAAAAGUGCAAAUAAAAGGGCUCUCCCCGUUCCGCCGGCCACUCCAGCCGUCGACGGAGCUGCUUGCGCCGAUCCCUCCACCCGCCCGCCUUCUUCCCGGCAACCCAGGCCCCACCCUAGGCGCGGCGAUGGGCGCCGGGGCGCGGGCGACGGCGGCGGCGCUCGCGAGGGCGGACGCCGGCGGCGACAUCGUCCACCAGGACGUCGACGCGCCCAAGAUUCUCGGCUACUCGAACGACUUCAUGCUCGUAUUCUCCGUCUCUCCAGCCGCCAGACACGAAGAAGAAGUCCGCGACUCUGGCGGCGGUUGCCCACGGCCAAUGAGAAGGAAGCCGCGGCAGUUCCAGGGACAAGAAGACGACAGCAGCCCCCCGACGGCCUCCUGCAAGCACAGCGAGGAAAAAAGGGUGGUGUGGUUCGGUUGGAUGCCCCGUUACUAAAAUAUCUUGUUGAAAAACUGCAGUUUUCUGUAAAGAUAUAUGUUUGAGUAGUGUCCGAAUUUACCAAGGUGUUAGCUUUCUUAUUCAGGAAGAAGUUGUCAAGAAGACAAAAUCAGUUGGGAAGCUCAAACAAGAAGCUGAGAAUAGCCUAUAAUAGAGUGAAAGAUUUAACAACGAGAAGGCUGAGUUUGAGCAAGCUUCCUUCACAAAAGGUACAGUUCCUUGUCUCGACCUCUUUCUUGUGUGCAUGUCGCUAGCUAGCGAUGUUUUGGUUAUGCAAUUUUGUGUGAAGUUCACCCUCGGCAUGGACAGCAUGUCAUGGACCCUCUGAUCCUGGCCUCCACUCCGUCGAGGCACAUAUGAGGGUUACCAUGAUUCUGGUAGUGCUUGUUCUACCAUCAGGUGGAGGGCUAUGAGGAUGUUGUGGCAAUAAGACUAUGACGCCAUAUAGGUUCAAUCAGUACAUGAAGCAGAUGCCGCGUACUAUAUUGCUUAUCUGUGCAGGGCUAAGAGGAAGUUGAUGCAUGGCAGGGGACGGAGGUGCGGCGAGAUCCUGGAGAGGCCGCGCCGAUGCAUCUUCUAAAGGGUGACUCGAAACCAGCAGAGGGACAGGGAUCAUGUGAAAACGCUGAUUCAGUGAAAAUCUGGAAACUCAACUCUUGGGCCAUCGGAUCAAUAAGGAGCGCACAGAUGAGAGGGUGGGCUUGCUAAUCACUUGGUCGUACUUUUACACGGGGCUGACUGUACUUUUAUGAGGGGGCACAAUUGCAAGGACAUGAUCGUAAAAUCAUAGGGGGGCUGAUUGUAUUUUUAUAAGGGGGAUAUUAUUCUUUUUAGCAGUUCAUCAGGCCAUCGUGUUACUAUUGUUGAACUGAUGAAUUCGAGCGGUUUGUACUGAUGCUGUCAUUUCGUUGAACUGAUCGUUUUUAUUAAAAGAGUAAAUAGGAGCUCCC